UCCGAGCCGGGCACGUUCUGCUCUCUGAAUCACCAGCGCUGUUCCUGCGCUCACAGUCAUCCACUACAAGCUUUCCAUAGUUACCAAUAGAUUUUGUAGAUUGAACGUAAUUGAGUAGGCUAUGAAAUUACAAAACUGGUUCAUUUUUUUUUACAACUCAGGGUAAAGGGGGAGUUUUUCCAUUUAAGAGUGGUUCCGCUUUACCUCCGUGUUUUCAACGAGCUUUUAUUUCCUUAAUAUCUGAUCGCCCAUCAGUGUAAUGAUCUGGCUUUUUGCUCGUGUCGUUUCCACUUCAGCAUGGGAACUGCAGUGUCCAAAAGGAAGACUUUAAAGAACGAUGCAAUAUCUUCUGUGACCGCAAAAGUUAGAGCAGCCAGAGCUUUUGGAGAUUAUCUGUCUCACACACACCCUGAGAACCGUGCCGGCUCAGAUCACCUGCUGUCUGAUACCUUUAUCGGCCAAGACACAGACUCCCCUGACCUCAGUCAUCUCCACAACAACCUGCACCCUCAGAAUCAGCCCCAGGCCCACAGUCUCCAGUCACAGCCCAGCACCCUGCAUCCCCAGUCCAGCUGUCUCCAUCCCCAGCCCAGCACCCUGCAGCCAGAUAGUUUGCAGUCCACAGGACCGUCCAAGCGCAGGCUCUCAGCAGGGCGCAGCUUCUCCUUUGAGCAGCAGCCUCCUCCCAGGUCCACUGAGGGAAGUCUGACGGGCCUGAAGCCAGCUGCCCAGCGGGUCUACACCAUCACCAGGGAGGGAGGCAUGCUAGGGGGCCGAGGCAGCGAGGAGAGCCUGGAGCUGGAGGUGCUGAAGCAGCCCCUGUCCCCUCCUCCCUCCUCCAACCAGCCCUCGUACUCCAAUCCACAACCACCAGGCAGCAAAUACCAACACGGCGGCGGUGGUGGUGGCAACCAUCACCGUGGCAACCAUAACCAUGGCCCACAGAACCACAGGUCCCAGUCCCAGCCCCUGCAGAGCUCGGGGAGCGCCCAUAACAUCCGGGACUGGGGGGUGCGGAGGGGGGGCUCGCGGGAGGACUGCACCCCAGAGUCUGUGACCUGCAUCAGGGCCCCAUGUCAGAGCCAGCGCUCCCUGGAUCUGGAGACGUCCCCGCAAGACGGAGGCAAACAAAGGAAGAAGCUGGAGAGGAUGUACAGCGAAGACCGAGACAGAGACAGACAAGGCACUGCUGAGGAGAGAGAGGACAACCCUAAUAGCUGGUUCCCCAAAGAGAAUAUGUUCAGCUUCCAGACGGCAACCACAACAAUGCAGGCUAUAUCGGCAUUCCGGUGCAUUGCUGAGAGAAAGAGGAGGAAACGAGAACAGGAGGCAACCUCUACUAUAACAGAGACUGAGAGGAACUUCCGGAAGCACCUGAGAAUGGUGGGCAGCCGCAGAAUGAAGGCUCAGAGUGAGUUCCCCACAUAUGCCGACCGCCGAGCCAAGAGUUUCAACCGCUCCUGGAGUGACCCCACCCCUAUGAAGCCAGACUCUCUCCAUGGCUCCAGAGACAAUGGGGACCUGCAGUCCUCGUCAGGGGCUCUAGAUGAAGGGUCACAGGAGGAUGCGGACUGGGAGGAGGAGAGAGAGCUGGAGAGAGCAGCCUGCGAGGGAGAGGACUUCACCCCCCCCAAAAUCAUACUGAUAUCCUCUAAGGUCCCGAAGGCUGAAUAUGUCCCUAACAUCAUCCGUCGGGACGACCCCUCGGUCAUCCCCAUCCUUUAUGAUCAUGAACAUGCCACAUUCGAUGACAUUAUUGAGGAGAUAGAGAAGAAGCUGACGGCCUACAGGAAAGGCUGUAAGAUCUGGAACAUGCUCAUCUUCUGUCAGGGAGGUCCGGGGCAUCUGUACCUGCUCAAGAACAAAGUGGCCACGUUUGCCAAGGUGGAGAAGGAGGAGGACAUGAUCCAGUUCUGGAAGAAGUUGAGUCGGUUCAUGAGCAAACUAAACCCUGAGGCCAACCUCAUUCACAUAAUGGGCUGCUAUGUUCUGGGGAGCGCCAAUGGAGAAAAACUAAUCCAGAAUCUGAAGCAGCUAAUGAGACCUCAUGCCAUCGAAUUCAAGUCCCCACUAGAGCUGUCUGCGCAGGGCAAGGAGAUGAUCGAGAUGUACUUUGACUUCCGUCUCUUCCGCCUGUGGAAAACCCGCCAGCACUCCAAGCUGCUUGACUAUGACAACCUUUUGUGACAUUGCUCACCUUUCACCUUUGUCAGCCUACUGGCUGUGUAUCUCAUCACCGAUAGCCUACAGUGACGGCUUUCCUUGAGAGGUCCUGGACGGGAGCGCUCUGUAGAAGAGGUGCAACAGGAAGACGGGGUUCAGGUGGUUUUACUCACUGAGGAGGCUUCAAUCCUAAGCUCUCGGAUGAAUUGAAGGCACUAAGUGAAUUCCAGUAGCAGCUACUGUCAAGAGGUGAACUGUAUAUCCCCCCCCCCAUCCAUUUUCACCGUCUCAACCAAUGCCUCUACUGAGAGAGAACCAGAGAGUGAAGGUAGAAGAGAGAAGUGGAUAGAUCAUCCUUUAGUCUCAAGAGACACAUAGAGUUAGAUGUUAUGCUCAGGAGCCCAGAAAGUCUUCUUGGAAAGAGAGAGAGAGAGAGAGAGAGAGAGAGAGUGAGAUGCAGCGCCUGCAGGGAAAAUAAAGACUCUUUGUGAAAGGGGAGAAGAGAUGGCGACAGAUUUCCUCCUUUGUCUACCUGUCAGCUGUGUGAACUCAGAUUAAAGCUUUUAUUUCCGGAAGUACGUAGAUCUCCCUAAAGAGCUAAAUGUAUUUAUAAAGUGCUGUGAUGGUUUUCGGAGCUUUAGAGAAUAGAUUUCCGUUAUCUAUACAUGUACCACAAAUAGAAAAGAUAGUACUAAAUUAGUCUUACCAAUAAUUCAAAGUAUCUAUAUAUCGUAUAAAACAGCAUUCAUUUUGAACUUAUUGUGUUCGUAUUUCUUAUGAACUGUUUGUCUUGAAUAACUCAGGGUUACUGCUAUCCCUCGUAUGAUAAUUGCCGUCACCUCAUGUACCGUCAUAACGUAACGGAAUAGGACGGAGAUGUCUGUCGACUAGUUCCGAUCCUCUCCGCUCAGUGGUUGUCAGGGAAACCAUUUCAGUGUCUCUGAGCACCUGUGCGUGUUUGUGUGUGAACGAGGCAGUUUUUAAAUGUAUUAUUCUUCAUACACUAGGUCAAUUGUAGCUUAUUGCUCAUUACGCAUGCAACAGUGACACCGUACCAGAGCCCUGCCACGUUUAUGUUUUACCCUGCUGAACUACGGACACAGACGUUUCUUUCUUGUAGUGUUCAGUUCACUCCCAGGGAAUGAUACCCUGAUGCUGUGAGCGCUCUGUCUUACUGUGUGUGUCUGCAUUGCAUUGCUAACUGUGCAUCACUUAAUACUGCCGUGAGGUUUAUGGAACGUGGACUAGGCCUAGAUGACUUGUGUCACACUGCUUAUGGUCAUCUCCCUCUCUUUAUAUCUACAGUAUAUUUACUUGUAUUGAACUAGUAUUGCUGCUAGUUAGUCUAGUUACUCUCUGCACUGCCUGUGUUUUUCUUCGCUCUUGUUCGAACCAAAAUCUCAGUAUUCUUGUCAUGUCAUUCUUAUGGCAUUUACUUUCUGUGUAUUGUGCUAUUGACUUUUAACAAACGGGCUUUCUGUCUUGCCCAUGUGAUAUUGUGCAACACUCAGUAGUGGUGCAGUCCACCUCAAACACACGCGGAGCUGUUCUGUGAAGGAGCGGGUCAUGAUAUUGCGAUUGGUUUCCAACUUUUGCUCGUGCUCAAAAGUGGCCAAAUAACAUCAUUUACGGAUGCUCUUCGCAUUCCCUCCUUAAACUGUUCCACCAGAGCUAAUAAGUUAACGUGUGUGUAGCUCCUCGGCGCGUGUGUGUGGGUGGUUUGUGUGUUUCUCAGAAUCCUAGCCUGAUGGGGCACUGCAGGGGUACUGAACUGUGAGGAGUCUUCAUUAUCAGUGUUCUCUCUUAGCUGGGGG